UAAACUCUAUACAUGGCAGAAAAAGUCUAGAGCACUCUUGUAAGGCGGAGAAAAAGAUGGCUUUGAAAUCAGUAUGUUACUUAAUGAUGAUUGGUGAGGAGGACAUAAAUAUAAUACAAUACUCAAAGCAACAAGUCGCUUAAACUCAAAAAAUAAAAUUUCCACAUUCCUGGAUAUAUAAAUUGGCAUGUUCCGGCGUUCAUAAAAUGUCACUAACACAACAUGGGUAGUCGUAGGUGGUCCUGCACGUUGGUUUUCAAUCUUCUCCUUCUCUCGGGAGCCAUAUUUGAAGUUAAGCCCGUGUCUGUGACGGGCCUUCCACUUCACACGGAAUCUCGAUGGAUCGUGAACGAAGAUGGGCAGAGGGUGAAGCUCGCGUGUGUGAAUUGGGUUUCCCAUUUGGAAGUUGUGGUGGCCGAGGGGCUCAGCAAGCAGCCCGUGGACGUCAUUUCCAGCGGAAUAAAGUCCAUGGGCUUCAACUGUGUCAGGCUCACUUGGCCCAUUCUUUUGCUCACCAAUGACUCUCUCGCUUCUCUCACCGUUAGACGCUCCUUUCAGAACCUUGCUCUUCUUCAAUCCAUUGCGGGUCUCCAAGCCAACAACCCCUCCAUCGUUGAUCUUACCCUCAUCCAAGCUUUUCAGGCAGUGGUGAAAAGUCUCGGGGACAACGAUGUGAUGGUUAUAUUGGACAACCACAUAACUCAGCCAGGGUGGUGCUGCAGUAAUUCCGACGGCAAUGGGUUCUUCGGCGACAAAUUCUUCGACCCAAACCUCUGGAUAUCGGGCCUCACCAAGAUGGCCACACUUUUUAAUGGAGUCACAAAUGUGGUGGGUAUGAGCUUAAGGAACGAGCUCCGAGGGCCCAAACAGAAUGUCAAUGAUUGGUACAAGUACAUGGUGAAAGGAGCAGAAGCUGUUCAUGAAGCAAAUCCAGAUGUUCUUGUCAUUCUAUCUGGCCUAUCUUUUGACAAGGACUUAUCUUUCAUUCAAAAAAAACCAGUGAACCUCACAUUUAAGGGGAAAUUAGUGUUUGAGGCACACUGGUAUGGGUUUAGUGAUGGUCAAGCUUGGGUUAAUGGAAACCCAAACCAAGUAUGUGGACAAGUAGCAGGAAAUAUGAUGAGAACCUCUGGCUUCUUGGUGAACCAAGAUUGGCCAUUGUUUAUUAGUGAGUUUGGUGUAGACUUGAGAGGUACAAACAUUAACGACAACCGCUACCUUAACUGCUUCAUGGCAGUGGCAGCUGAACUUGACUUGGAUUGGGCCUUGUGGACACUCGUUGGUAGCUACUACUUUAGAGAAGGAGUUAUCGGAAUGGAAGAGUUUUAUGGGAUUCUUAGUUCGGACUGGACCCAAGUUAGAAACACCACUUUCUUAAACAGAAUCUCUGUCCUCCAACUUCCAUUUCGGGGUCCAGGCAUAACAAAAGGAAAUCCAUACAAAUUGAUUUUCCAUCCUUUGACGGGUUUGUGUGUCAUGAGAAACUUAAUAUUAGAUCCAUUGACAUUGGGUCCUUGCUAUUUAGCCGAUGGCUGGAAAUACACUCCCCAGAAGAUUCUAUCAAUAAAGGGUACUUACUUUUGCAUCCAAGCAAAGAAUGAAGGAAUGCCUGCAACGCUUGGGAUAGUAUGUUCAGAUUCUAACUCUAAAUGGGAAAUGAUUUCAGAUUCAAAGUUGCACCUUUCAUCCAAUCUAAGCGAUGGUUCUAAUGUAUGUCUAGAUGUAGAUGACAACAAUUUCAUUGUGACCAAUGCUUGUAAAUGCUUGAGCAGAGAUCGUUCAUGUGACCCUGGUAGCCAAUGGUUCAAAAUUAUUGAUAGUGGAAAGAGGUCAAUCUCAUCAACCUCAACAUUAUCCAUGCCAUUGGACCUUUAUGGAAACCACUAAGCUUAACAUAAGUUGUUAUAGUAAUAUUAUUGUAAAUUUCUCGAACCAUGUGUUGUCUUAUUCGUCAGAAUUGUCACCACUUAUAUUUUAGUAGUGGGAAAUAAUGCAUCAAGUAUAUCCACAUGAAUAUUGAAUUCAA